AUGUCGAAAAAUCUAGUGCAAUGCCAACAGCACCCAGAUGCCCCAUUGAUUGAAGAUUACAGAGCUGGCGAUCAAAUAUGUUCUGAAUGCGGUCUUGUGGUCGGUGAUCGUGUGAUAGAUGUUGGUUCCGAAUGGAGGACGUUCAGUAAUGACAAGGGCGCCAACAGUGCCGAUCCUUCGCGUGUUGGAGGGGCAGAAAAUCCAUUGCUCAAUGGUUCUGACUUGUCAACACUGGUCGGUCCUUCGAGGGGCGAUGCAUCGUUUGAUGAGUUUGGAGGUAUGAAGUACAAAAAUAAGGGUAUGGUUUGUUCAACCAACCGUUCACUACUUAAUGCGUACAGAGAAAUUGGCCUUAUGGCCGAUCGCAUAAAUUUGCCAAGGAAUAUUGUUGACAGGGCCAAUGUACUGUUCAAACAAGUGCACGAUGGCAAAAAUCUUAAAGGUCGAUCCAAUGACGCAAUUGCGUCAGCUAGCUUGUACAUCGCUUGUAGGCAAGAAGGUGUGCCACGUACAUUCAAAGAAAUAUGUGCUGUAAGCAAAGUUAGUAAAAAAGAAAUUGGAAGAGUUUUUAAAUUAAUAUUAAAGGCGUUGGAAACAAGUGUUGAUUUGAUAACAACUGGAGAUUUCAUGUCGAGAUUUUGUUGUAAUUUGGGAUUACCAAACAUGGUUCAGAGAGCAGCUACUCAUAUAGCUAAAAAAGCAGUAGAAUAUGAUAUUGUACCAGGUCGCUCUCCUAUAUCCGUAGCGGCCGCAGCAAUAUUUAUGGCAUCUCAAGCAUCCGAUGAAAAACGUUCUCAAAAAGAAAUUGGGGACAUUGCUGGUGUUGCAGAAGUCACAAUUAAGCAGUCAUAUAAACUGAUAUUGGCUAAUGCUGCUUUACUAUUCCCAGAAGACUUUAAGUUUGUGACUCAGAUUUCUGAUCUUCCGACAUCCUAA